UAGAAUCAGUUUACUUUGACACGUUACUUUUGUAGGUUAUAUUUUUGCAAUACGCAAUAUAAAUAACAUUAUAAAAACCAUUAUUUAAAGCGGAUUUAUUAAUAAUUUAAACAUAAAUGGAUUUUGCUCGAAAACAGCUAGAAAAAUACGGGUGGACUGAUGGCAAAGGUUUGGGAAAAAAUGAGAAUGGAAUAUCGGAGGCUUUGAAGCCGAAACUAAAACGUAGUGUGACAGGCAUAGGUCAUGAUCCCGCGGCGGACUUCACGGAACAUUGGUGGAGUGCUCUUUACGAUAAAGCUGCUAAAAAUGUAGAGGUAGAAGAAAAAGAUGGAAAAACAAAAAAAAUCAAGACAAAAGAUGAUCAAUUCAAAAUAACAAGCAGCACAUACCAAUUGAACAAGAAACCAGGUGCAACCGACAAAGAGGAGUAUUCGGAGUUCUUCAUUCGAAAAGCAGUGUUGACCGGUGAGAGCCAAGAGAAGGUAGGAGAGUCAGAGUCGGAAGAAGAAAAUGAAAAAAGAGACGUAUUUAAGUUGACCGAUGAAGAGCUGUUUGCAGCUUGUGAAGGACGAACGGCUCAUAAAGGAGCUCGUCAUGGAUUAAAAGCUACAGGAAAACUGGCGAGGAUAGCACAGCAAGAACAAAUGCUGCUAAACCAACCACAAUAUGAAGGAUACUCUCAUGCAAAGAAACUUAAGAAGGACAAGAAUACUCUACAACAUGACAAUGUUGUUGAAGACGCAAACCUAAACAACGAAGAAUAUUGCAUACAAAAUAAGAAAAAGAAGAAGAAAAAGCGAAAGCGUUGUUUGAGCAAUGAAAACGUAGAUAAUGUGGCUGAAUCCACUGAGCCUUUGCCUGUAGAAAAAGAUACAGAAAUGGCGGGAGACAAUAUUUCAAUAAAUAAAAAAUGCAAGAAAUCUAAAAGGAAACAAAAAUACGAUCAGGAUGAAGAAUGUUCUACAAACUCUAAAAAGAAUAAAAAACAACAAAUAAAUGCAAUGGAAGUCGACCCUAGUCAUACACAAAUAGAAGAAUCUGAGCCAAAAGUAAAGAAAUGUAAGAAGAAAAAGAAAAAAGACAGUGAUAUGUAAAUUAAUCUAAUUUUACACAAUAAAUACUAGCCAUGUCUUAUAUUCAUUUUAUUAAAUGAAUUUUAUCUAAAAUAUAUG